GAUUUCAUUCGUCCCAGAUUGUCAUACGAUGAAGGCGUUCCUUGCACCUUGGUUCACUGCGAUUAAUAGCUUUACACUUUAAACGUCUAUCCAAGCCCUGCAAAAUGUCAUCAAACAGUGGUAUUCAAAUCCCCAGCCGACUGCCUUUGCUGUGCACUCACGAUGGAGUGCUGUUACCGGGCUCGACCAUGAGAAUCAGCGUCGACACGGCGAGAAACAUGCACUUAGUCAAGAGCAGACUGCUGAAGGGAACCUCGCUAAAAAGCACCAUCAUCGGGGUUAUUCCUAACACCAGAGACCCCGAGCACGACAGCGAUGAGCUCCCGUCCUUACAUAGUAUUGGCACAGCAGGACUGGCGGUUCAGGUUGUGGGCAGCAACUGGCCGAAACCGCACUACACUUUGCUCAUUACGGGGCUGUGUCGCUUCCGUGUGAGCCAGCUGCUGAGAGAGAAACCCUUCCCCGUGGCAGAGGUGGAACAGCUAGACAAACUGGAGCAGUACACCGAAGGAGAUCAGGCUGAUGGAGAGCUGGGGGAGCUGUCACAGAGGUUCUAUCAGGCAGCUGUACAGCUGGUUGGGAUGUUGGACAUGUCAGUGCCUGUGGUGGCUAAACUCAGGCGGCUGUUGGACAGUCUCCCUAAAGAAACCCUGCCGGAUGUCUUAGCCGCCAUGAUCCGCACUUCCAACAAAGAGAAACUGCAGGUGCUGGAUGCGGUAGACUUGGAGGAACGGUUUAAGAAGGCCCUUCCCCUACUCACCAGACAAAUUGAGGGGCUCAAGUUGCUGCAAAAGACCCGCAAACUCAGACCUGAUGAUGACAAGAGAGUGCUGGCCAUCCGUAAAGGUGGUGUAUUCCCAGGCCGUCAGUUCUCACUGGAUGAGGAGGAGGAGGAGGACGAAGAUGGUGAUGACACAGCUGUUCUGGAGAAGAAAGUGAAGGCGGCAGCUAUGCCGGAAGCAGCACUGCGUGUGUGUCUCAAGGAGCUAAAACGAUUAAAAAAGAUGCCACAGUCCAUGCCAGACUAUGCCCUCACCCGCAACUACCUGGAGAUGAUGGUAGAGCUUCCCUGGAGCAAAAGCUCUACAGAUUGCCUGGACAUCCGGGCGGCACGGGUGCUGUUGGAUAAUGAUCACUAUGCCAUGGAAAAGCUGAAGAGAAGGGUGCUGGAGUAUCUGGCUGUGCGGCAGCUCAAGAGCACCCUUAAGGGACCCAUACUGUGUUUUGUGGGACCCCCUGGUGUGGGAAAGACCAGCGUUGGGCGUUCCAUCGCUCGCACUCUGGGUCGAGAGUUCCAUCGCAUUGCCUUGGGGGGAGUCUGUGAUCAGUCUGACAUCCGGGGCCACAGGCGCACGUACGUAGGUAGCAUGCCUGGUCGUAUUAUAAACGGACUGAAGACUGUUGGGGUAAACAAUCCUGUCUUUUUAUUGGACGAGGUGGACAAACUGGGGAAGAGCUUGCAGGGAGAUCCUGCUGCCGCCCUGCUGGAGGUUCUGGACCCAGAGCAGAACCACAGCUUCACCGACCAUUACCUCAACGUGCCAUUUGACCUCUCACAAGUGCUCUUCAUCGCCACAGCAAACACCACGGCCACCAUCCCUCCUGCCUUACUGGACAGAAUGGAAGUCCUCCAGGUGCAAGGAUACACCCAGGAGGAGAAGGUAGAGAUCGCCCAUCGGCACCUGAUCCCUCAUCAGCUGGAGCAACAUGGACUGACUCCACAACAGCUCCAGAUCCCACAGGACACCACCAAAGAUAUCAUCAGCAAGUACACACGGGAGGCAGGCGUGCGCUCUUUGGAGAGGAAGAUCGGGGCCAUCUGUCGAGCGGUGGCUGUGAAGGUCGCUGAAGGUCAUAAGGUCUCUAGAGCAGAUGUUAAAUGGACUAAAAACCACCACCAAAGAUCUCUGUAUCUUUCAGACCAGAAUACAGAGAACAAGGAGGAGGAUUCUGGGAUAGCGGCACCUCCAGAGAUGCCAAUUGUUAUUGACCCCAUUGCCCUUAAGGAUAUUCUUGGACCGCCAGUCUUUGAAAUGGAGGUAUCAGAGCGACUGACCCUGCCAGGUGUGGCGAUCGGGCUGGCCUGGACGCCGAUGGGUGGAGAGAUCAUGUUUGUGGAGGCCAGUCGUAUGGAAGGAGAAGGUCAAUUGACUCUGACAGGACAGCUGGGCGAUGUCAUGAAGGAAUCCGCCCAUUUAGCCAUCAGCUGGCUCCGCAGCAAUGCCAAAACAUACCUCCUCACUAAUGGCAGCGCUGAUCCUCUGGAGGGUACCGAUAUCCACUUGCACUUCCCUGCAGGUGCCGUCACCAAGGACGGCCCCUCCGCAGGUGUUACCAUAGUAACCUGUCUGGCCUCGCUGUUGAGCGGGCGGCUGGUGCGCUCUGAUGUGGCCAUGACCGGAGAGAUCACCCUGAGAGGACUGGUGCUGCCGGUGGGAGGUAUAAAGGAUAAAGUAUUGGCAGCUCACCGGGCCAAUCUGAAACGAGUCAUCAUUCCCAAGCGCAAUGAGAAAGAUCUGGAGGAGAUACCUCCCCACGUGCGAGCGGACCUGGAUUUCGUUUUCGCCAGCACUUUGGAUGAAGUCCUGAAUGCAGCCUUUGAUGGCGGGUUUCCCGCGGCUGUCCGUCAUCCAGAAGUUGCCAGCAAACUCUGACACUGAAGUUGCAAGACAGACUCGUAGAGGAAGCUUAACACUAAGCACUUAUUGUUUGUCACCUUAAACCACCGAAUACUAGGAAAACAGUUUUAUUCAAGUCAAUACUCGUUUUCCUCUAAUUGAUUUAUGAUUUAAUGACAGAUGAUUGACAUUGUAAGAGUAUACCUUUGUUCCCGUAGAAAUGACAACAAAAGUUGAUCUAUGUUUAUACUGUAAAUAAUUAUACAAAUGCACUGGUUUAUGCAAAUUGUGAUUUAACAAACACAUUUAGUGUUAUUCAUCAAAUGAAAUGGAUUAACGAAAGUCAAAGUUCUUAAUUAUAAAGACUGGAAAAUUUGAAUAUGUUGACAACGAGGUACAAUUUAACGGAAUAAAUUUGGAUCGGUCCAAUGAA